AUGUCUGAAAUCGAUAAUGUGAAACUACGUGAACAAGAGAUAUUCCUGGAUGAAAAGCUCAAGUGUAGCGGCAACCUUAUUUUCGAGGAAAGUUUAACAAAAGAACUGAUUAAUUCCAUCGAAAGGGAAGCCCUCACGAAUAAAUUUAUCCUAAAUAUUGUCGAUUCGAACACGAUUUUAUCGUUGCACGGCUCCUCUGAAAGAGCCGCCCGGAAAACCUCUGCAAUCUUUUUCCAAGCCCCGGCGAAAUUGUCGUCGCCUCGGCUUCAUCCUGCUGUUCUUGAAGGACAGUGCGAUGGGGUUUGCGGUGAGGUUGUUGAUGCCGAAUGUGCUAAACCGAAAUUCUGUGACAGGCGUUGCGGUGACAUGAUCGGUGUCAACCUGCGUUUUGGAAAUGGGAGGCACAUGAUAAAUCAACUCAUUUUUGUGAAGGUUUGGUUGUUGAUGCUAAAUGUGCAAAACCGAAAUUCUGUGACAGGUUCUGCGGUGGCGAUGAUCGGUGCCAACCUGCGUUUUGGGAGCACUGUUGCCAAUGCGAGCCAGAAUGCCACCAAAGUCUUUCAGUGUCAUCCUGGAGGGACCGCAGAGGCGGCGCUUAUUUUCGCCUUAGGAACGAUGGGGAUGGCCGCCAAUAUCGCCCUCAUGGGGGUUAUACUGGCCAACAGACAACUCAGAAGAUGGUCUCAGGGUCUACUAUUCCAUCAAGGGGCAGUCGACUGCGCCAGAGCGGCGCUGUUACUCCCUUUAGGAAUUUCGAUACUCCACUGCCAGCCGGUCCAGAAAUGCUCCCUAGUGGAAACUGCCUUCCUUCUUUUGGUCACAGUGGCCACUGUUAACAUGCUGACCACGGUACUGAACGACUCUCCGGUUUUCCCAGAAGACGACGAUUCCGAUUCCCUGUCCGACGUCCCGCUCCUGAUGGACUCGCCUCAGUGCGUCCUUUUCGGCACUUUUAUGAUUUGGUUCGCCUCCAUCACCAUAAACCUGGGACCUACAUUCUUAUCCGGUGCUCUGGCGGCUCAAGGCGAAGCAGGACACAAAGCCCCUUCUUGUCCCUUGAUCCACGGCCCCUUAAGACACUACAUAUUGAACGCCCUCUGGAUCGCGGUAAAUUUAGUUUGUGUAUUUUUGACCCUCUUCCACUUGAGGAAGCUGCAUCGGGACCUGACCAAGGCGAACGUCGAGGCCGUAAGGGUAGCGGGGUUAGUCACCACCCUCGUGAACGUGACAGGGGGCGGCGGCGCUGCGGGGACCAACGCAAACGGGGAGCGGGCUUCCGGGGCCCUGGAAGAACACCGGAGGAUGCGCGAAUACCUCCGGAGAAUGGAACGCGAUGGCGUCCAAAGAGUAAAGAUGUUUCUCGUUAUCACAGCCGCCUACGUCCUUUUCUGGGGUCCACUUUUCUUCGUCACACUCGUCAACCACCCUAUUGUAGGAAAUCCGCUCGGACACGAGAUAACCCUACACAUAUCAUACGUUCACGCCAUCGUCAACCCCACGCUGUUCCUGGUGCUACAUAGGGGGCUGAGGAGGGCGACGCUCGACCUUUGCUGCGGCUGGAUACCCCUGUGGGUGGGCAACCCCACUGUCCCCCCACCCCCGGACCCACCUAGAGCUGACAUAUCGCUUCUCAAACCACCCCUACCCGUACCAGCCCACCCUGAUAGCUCUAUGGGAGACUCCGAUUUGAGUCCGUGGACUCCGGAACCGGUAAACGGAGGAAUCCAAAUCCCGCACUACAUCAGCCCGGAGCCAAGUUCACCGCCGGAGAGUGACUAG